UCGUUGAAUCGAACAAACGUCAAGUGCCGAUAGUUUGUGCUGUGGGCUCGCUCAGUUUUUGAUUGCGAAACUUUGUUUACGAGUCAAUAUUUCCACCGCUUUUCCGGAGAAAAUUGAAUUUCUUUGCAGAUUUCAUAAAUUUCCUACAUCAAAUAAGAUGAUGCAACUACGAUCUAUAGUUAAAAGUGUUGUGAAUGUGCGGAAUUUGAGCACUUCCAACAUACGAUUACUUAAUCUGGUUCCGAUUGUGGUGGAACAGACCGGCCGGGGGGAACGUGCUUAUGAUAUCUUUUCCCGUUUGCUCAAGGAGCGAAUCAUUUGCCUGAUGGGUCCAAUCCAUGACGAUCUGAGUUCGUUGAUUGUGGCUCAGCUUUUGUUUCUGCAGUCGGAGAACGGAACCAAACCAAUCCACAUGUACAUCAACUCCCCCGGAGGCAGCGUUACCGCCGGAUUGGCCAUCUAUGACACAAUGCAGUAUGUGAAGCCCCCCUGGGCCACGUGGUGUGUUGGUCAAGCUUGCUCGAUGGGAUCGCUUCUGUUGGCUGCCGGUGCUCCUGGAAUGCGUCACUCACUGCCAAAUGCGCGGAUCAUGAUCCAUCAACCUUCCGGCGGGGCCCAAGGUCAAGCCACCGAUACAAUCCAAGCGGAAGAGAUUCUCAAACUGAAAAAGCAACUCACGGAAAUUUACGGUAAACAUACGAAAACUUCGGUCGAUGUUCUGUACUCCAAAAUGGAACGUGACACGUUCCUGAAUCCGGAGGAGGCGCAAGCUCUUGGGAUUAUCGAUACGGUUUUGGAGCAUCCGCCGUCGUCUACCGAGGGAUCAUCAUGAUCAUAGUGUGAUUGAUGAUAUUACAAUUUGUGUUGAUUUUGUUAGGGAUUUAUUGCAAUUUUUAAUUGAUUCCAGAAUAAAUUGAUAGAUCAUGUCAUCUAUCCAAUAUACAGAAA